UCCCAUUAUCCCGACCAUCGGCGCAGUGCUUGGGCUGCUCGUGAUGAUUUUUGUUCGACUGAUGUAGGCGUGGAAGUGGUGGCGGUGCCCGACAACGACAAGUGAUAUUAUCGCCGUACUUCUUUCUUUCCAUUUGCGCCCGUCUUUGUACUCGCACGUUUACGCGUCAGUUCGAUCGUACUCGCGACAUACAAUUUCAUUUCAAUUUGUUAUGAUUUCGUUUAGUUUUUUUUAAUUUUCACGUCACGUUUUCCUUAUCGCGCUUUCAAUUGUCUUUCGAUUGAUUUGAGGGUUAGUUGUUUCGUCGUAAGGACGUACGUCAUUCGAUAUCGUAGUCAUAGAUUCGCUUUUCGCCGUAUGCAUUAACAUCUUCGUGUCCUACGUGCCAAGUGUUUGCAUUUCACGCAGUGUUCUUCACGAACAUUUGCCGUGUGUAUGAAACUAUCGCCCCGUGCACACCAACAUCAGUUAACUGAUUGUUCUUCGCGGAUUUUUGUAUUGAGAUCGCGCGUUUACACGUUUGACAUAUGGAGGAGCAUAUCAAUACUAUACAAUUACAGCACUGAAUUACCCAAACAAGAUCUGUAUAAUGUGCUUGGCCGCCUUGAAAUAUCGAAGUGCUGUUCAGCGCCAACUAAAUUGGUUUUUUCAACUUGCCUAGUCUAGUAUUUAAUAAACUAUGAUAAUGAAUACUGUGUCGACUAGUAUUGUUGGGCAUGAGCAUUCGACUGCUUAUUCACUCAUGAAACGCGGCAAACGUGGUGCAGCUGCAUUCAUUGCAGCUGAUUGCUGUAUGAUUGCUGCUGCUGCUGCUGCUGCUGCUGCCACUGCUGCUACUACUCAACAAUCUCAGGAUAAUUGUGAUAAUGAUGAGGCAGAAGCUGCUUUGAUUCGUUGCAAGAUACUAGACAACUUACUGGAUGUAUUACUUAAUCCGUAUGAUGCUAUAGGCGAAUGGAACAAUUUGGACUGGAUACGUUGGCUUAUGGCUGGUGGUAAAACCCUCGAUGAAUUCAGUAGUGCUGUUAAAGGAUAUGAUUAUGGAACAUGUUGUGGACUUGUAUGGACAGCUAAUUAUGUGGCAUACAGAUGUCGGACUUGUAGUAUAUCUCCUUGCAUGUCUCUCUGCGGAGAUUGUUUCAAACGUGGUGAUCAUACUGGUCAUGAUUUCAAUAUGUUUCGUUCUCAAGCAGGUGGUGCAUGUGAUUGUGGAGAUACAAGUGUUAUGAAGCCUGAUGGGUUUUGCCGUAAACAUAGUACAAAUAAUUUGGAUGGUAGUACUAGUGGUUGUAAACAACCUCCUGCUGAUUUGUUAAGAGUAGCCGAGAGAAUAAUGCCGAGAUUAAUGUUAAGACUGGUUCAAUACUUACGUGAAAACAGUAAACUUCCCGAUACUAGAUCACCCUCACAACAGAUAUCUUUAAGUGGAAUGGGAAGAGAUCAGCAAAAUUUAUUACUUGGAGGAGAUUUGGAUCCAUUUUUAGCUAUGCUGCAUGAUCUUAGUGCUUUGGGAGCUGCUAUGAGACGUGUAAUGACUGUGUCUCUUACUAGUGAAAAGAUUUACCAAUGGGCAUGUGAGUAUUACACUAAUAGCACUGCUAGUAUUGUUAACCAAGAUUCUUGUCUACAAGAACAACAACAGCAGGAGCAAGGACAGACUAUUUAUUCCAUAUACACGAAUAAAGUGCGUCGUUAUUAUAAUGAUGCUAUAAACCAAUAUUCUCAAUCAACAUCAUCGAAUAAUCGUAGGCGACGCCAUAGUAAUACAACUGAUGUUAGUAGUGGAGAUGUUGCUAUGGGUUCUAAAGGUAUCCAAAGUAAUUCUGAAGAAGAUGAUGACGAUGAUGACUUAGAUCAAGAUGGUAAUAGCAGUCAAAAAAAUAAACUGAAUCAUUCUAGUUUUUUGCAAGAAAUUGUUUUUUGGACUGUACGAUAUGAGUUUCCUCAAAAGAUGGUGUGCUUGUUAUUAAACUUAUUACCUGAUGCAUCUUAUAAAGAAGCUUUGACUGAAGCAUUUGUUAUGCACUAUGGAUGUGUAGCCCGAGUGUUGGCAACAACACAAGAUUCAGACACCCUUUCUAACCAUAUUGUUCAUAUAAGUGUUCAAUUGUUUAGUAAUGAGGCAUUAGCUACGCGAAUGGUUGACAAAUUGGGUUUGCUUAGAGUAAUGGUAUCAAGCUUACGGCGUAUGAUGACAAAAAUAUUAAUACCAUCUACACUACAUGAUGCUACAAAAAAUAAACACAAGGUUGUAGAUUGCUCAAAGGCUGUUAUGAAAGAACACUGUUAUUGGCCAUUAGUCAGUGAUCUGAAUAAUGUAUUGUCUCAUAGACCUAUUGCUAUUAAGUUUAUGAGUGAUAAACGUUUAUUGGAUUCUUGGUUCUCAUAUUUGUCUAUGUUUCAAGGAAUGAAUGUCAAUUGUCGAGAAUUGGGGCAUCAUGUCGAAUUUGAACCUAACACUUAUUAUGCUGCUUUUAGUGCUGAGCUCGAAGCUAGCGCAUAUCCCAUGUGGGCUAUGUUAUCGCAUCUCACAUCCAUUGAUACUUGGCCAUUGGCUUCAAGCGUGAUACAUGCUUGUCUAAAACGCUUACGUAAAUGGCUUAAAGAUGUAGGUUACUUUAAUAAUCAGUGUGCAGGUGAACUUUGUGGUGGUAAUGCAUCAUCUUUAGCUGAAUAUAAUAUUGGUACCCAUAGUACUACAGCUAUUAUUCGACGAUCAGAUGAUCUCAAUCAGUUCACUUUUCAUCUGCCUUUGCAUCGGUAUUUGGCAGUUUUUGUGUGCCAAGCCGUGCGAGCGCAAGGCGCUCGAAUUGAGGAUAUUAUCCCGUACAUCAGUACAAGUGAUACACCUGAUAGAGAUGCAUUAUUACUGGCCAUUGCUGUACAUCCCGUUCGCGCUCAAGCAGCAUUUUAUGAAAUCAUGCAAGGUGCAUGGAUUCGCAACGGCUUACAAAUUAAAGGCCAAGCUAUGACAUAUAUACAAUCAAACUUCUGUAUAUCAAUGGUUGAUGCUGAUAUAUAUUUACUUCAAUUUUGUCUAUCUGAAUUGUCAGAUGCCAACAUAUUUAUGUCUUUAAUAUUAGAAAAGUUUAAAGUAUAUGAUUGGCUUCAUGUAAUAAAACAUGGUGGAUUACCUCAGAUAAUGGAUAAUGUCGAAUUUGAUACAUCUACCAUAGAAGGCCUAUUGGUAUUUUUGGCAACAUUAGUGGGUGUCCGAACUAAUUUAUGUUCUGAUGAAGAUUAUGAUUAUUGUCAGUCCCAACUAGAAAUGGUAACAUUGCUAUGUGUCUCGGAUAAAACUCAUAGUCAACUAAUGGAACUAAUGCCUGAGCGUUGUGGUGGCGGUACACAAAUUACUACUGUUACUGCCUCUACCACUAUUAGGGACAGAGAUGACAAUCAAGGGCCACGAGAUUUUGAAACUGUAUUACAAACUGUUGCUGAGUAUAAGAGGCCUCAAUUUGAAGCAUCAGGUAAUAUGCAGCAAGGAUUGUAUGUACCUCUACCUCAUGUUUGGCGUAACUUAUACGAUCCUGUACAUAUACUUUUGAGAGCUGUUCAUAGACGUGACUUUCAAUCAGCGUUAGAUCGUUACACAGCAUACAUGCGCUCUGUUGGACUUCUGAAACAGAAUGAAACUCCUUGGCCACCAUAUAAGAAACCACAAAAACACCAUCCAGCUUAUCAAGAUCCUUGUAGAGUCUUAUUAUCUAGAUUAUUUCAUGGAGUUGCUUGGCAUUGCCUGUAUCGUACAGCUGUUUUUAAAGAUGUUGGUGAACACGCACUCAGCUUGUUGAUUUAUCUUCUUGAUCUAGCUUGGACUUGUUAUAUUGACUCUUCUAUAAAUGAAAAAAAUUCAUCUAAUCAACAACAACCGCCCAUGGAUUUGGAUUUGUCAACUGCGUCUUCUUUACCAACAUCAUCUAAAGAAUAUUCUCAUGAACCUCCAAAAACUGAUACAGUUGAAAAAUUAUGUCCAACAAAACGAAUCAAAAUUACAGAAGCAGACGCUAGCCAUGCAUGCUGUGAAAAUGACAAAAGUAAAAACUUGAGCAAGAAACAAGAUGCAAAACCUCUUCUAUUGGAUCGUUGGUUCAAUAGUGAUGAUUUGGUAGAGAAUCUCUGUACGACUAUUACGGAUUUUGAGUUGCCGCCACCAUAUUUUCAUUAUUUUUUUGGUCCUGGAUCUGAAAAUACUAUCCCACCAACUAGUAAUACAUCAACAGCUUCAACAUUAGCAACAAAUAUAUUUGAUAUCUUGACACCUAACUCAAGCUCUCAUAACUUAGGAAACUUGAAUCCAGUUAAACGGCGAUUACUACGUGUAUUUCCACCUAAUUAUGAAAACGACAAUUCUACUGAAACAUCAGCAGAUAUAUUAGAAAGUAAUGAAAAUUUAGCACCGGAAACCAGUGAGGAUGAUAAACAAAAUCCAUUGGUACCCAUUAAUGAGAGUAUAAUUUCAUUGCUAUUGAAAUUACAUUCUCAAUUGUCUGGUAAAUCAGAUUCCUAUCAUCCACCACUGCUCACAUCUUCUGAAACAGAUGAAUCAAUUCCUCCAAAUCAAUUAUUCCCAGAAGCUAAUAAUUAUUUCCAAUGUGGAGAUGGAGCAUUCUAUGUAGGUCGUUUAUUGGACCGGUUGGCUAAGGGGUCAUCAUCAUGUUAUCAAUGUAUUGUUCAUCAUCGGCUGUUAUUAUGGCCAAAAGCUGUUGUGAUGCAGGAAACAGCUACUCGGGAAGAUGAGGAACGUGAACAACAAGAACGUAAACGUCGUGCUCGUGAGAGAAAGCAACAAAUGAUGGAAGAAAUAGAAAAAGAGCAACGUAGAUUCUUGGAUAGACUCCGUGUGUCAGAGAGUGCAAAUUCUUCUGACUCUACAUCUUUAUUAUAUGAUGAACCAGUCACUGGAGUUCAAACUUCUACUUCAACCACUGGUAGUAGUAAUACAAACACCUCAUCUUUAUCAGAUACAAUUAUCGACAAGGAACAAAAUAAUAGUUGUGAAACUAAGGAAACAGGGGUUCAUCCUACAAAUUCAUCAAAAACACUUACAGUAGAUUGCAUUAUUUGUAAUCAAACUGUGGUCGUACAAGCUGAACAACAGCGUGAAGAUCCGGUUGGAUUAGUGAUACUAGUUCAAGGUACAAAUGUAUUGGCCCACAGGAGACACAUUUCAUCUACAGUGUCAUUAAUUAAUCAAAAUAACAUCAGCAUUAAUGUUACUGAUCCUAAUCAGUUAUCUCAAAAACAGAUAGAAAUAGAUACCAACAGUAGUUUUGAGGAAAAUAACCUUGUGGAUGAAGAUGAAUUAAAUAUCAGUCGUUAUUGGCCUUCUUUGCCGCCAUUACCAUCAAAACAAGUACAUCAGCAAUCCACAUCUGAAGAUGAUAGUUCCGAUUUACAGCAACAUCAACCUAUAGUCACUACAGUUAGUGAUGAUGAUGAUACAACUACUUAUGCGUCACAUUCAGACCGCCGCAAACAUCUUCUAUUGCAGUAUUUCAAUAAUUUAGAUAAGGGUGAUUUGGAAAUCGGAGCUCUAACAACCACAACUAGUGCUGUUCCCAUCGGUGGUAGUGCUCAUGUACAGACGUGUGGUCACCACUUACAUUUGAGAUGUUGGAGUUCAUAUCUAACCUCCCUGCGUGGUGCUCAGCGGUUUAAUUCUGAUAAAGGAGAAUAUAGUUGUCCACUUUGUCGACAAUUAGCAAAUUCUAUAAUGCCGUUAAUUCCACCUACUAGUGACUCAGAACAAAAGCAAUAUGGUGUUGCCACUUCUAAUCCUAUGAAUAAAUAUAUUGCUUUGACUGAUGCUUUAAAUCGAUUGACAGAUAUUAUAAAUGUAACACCACCUAGUAGUAAUGUAAGUAUUGGUGAAUCAUCUAGUUCUGCUAUCACUCCAAGCAAUCAAGCUGCUAUUGUUAAACAUACAUAUUCACUGCAUGAACAUAUUCAAUUCCGUUUUUCGCAAGAUAGGAGUCAAGUUAUACAGAACCAUAUACGGUCUCCUCCUCCUAGAGAAGAAGGUUGCUUUGGAGUUGAAUUAGAAUGUGGAGAAGAUUCUUUGUUGGAUGCUAUAAAUAGAUGUGUAAGCGAUAUGAUAUCUACCACAGUUAUAACUGCUGCUGCACAUACAUUUUCAACACCACCAAAUUUAUUAACUCCUGCUCAAAGAGAAAAAUUGUACAAGGUCAGAUGGCAUAGUGUCGUGUCUGUAGCAUGGACGAAUAUCCAUGUGGAACUAGUGCAACGUAAUAACACUCUACUAACACAAGAGAAGGAAUCAUGGUCAUUGCAACAUGGUAGUUCAUGUUAUCGUCACCAAAGAUAUGCUAUGACCAAUACAGAUAAAAGUGGUAGCAAUAAUUAUUACAAUAUGUUGCCGAAGCGCAAUUGUAUUGCUCCAUUGUUAAAUGUGUUACGUGUGAGUGCUCAAUCUUUGAUGUCAAAAUACCAUACAACUACUUACAAUACAAUCAAUGAUGUUUGGUGCAAGUUGAUCGGAGCUGAACGUUCUCAAGCACAAUAUAAAAUGACCCAUCCACCACUAUUAAUGCGAGAUCCAAGUAUCGUGCUUUUACAACUCUCAAUGUUGAUACCCAACUUAGACCAUGAUUUGUUUGAUGCUUUGGUCAAACUUACAUAUAACAUGCAACUAUACGUGGCCGCGUUGAAAGUUGCUAUAACAUGGAAACAAAACUGUAAUUUAAACCGCAAUACUUACAAUCGUUGUCGUCCUCAUGAUCGUUACAAAACAAGUAAAACUAUAUUGAAGACUGAAGAAACAGGCAGCAGUGGUGAUCCAAUGGAUAUAGAUGAUGGCAAAGUUGAUGUACCGCCAUUUUUAUCAUCUGUGGACAUGGCCGAAGGUGACGAUACGUCACUACUAUUGUCAUUGCGGUCACCUACGUUUUUGCAAGCUGUAGCUUUAGCAAAAAACUUAGUAUUUUCUUCACAAGAUGAUGAAAAUGUGGUCAAUGUAGAUGUUGACAUAUUGGCUAAUGACGAUGAAGAAUUCAAAAUGCAUCAUGAAGAUAAUGAUACUGACGAUAUACUUGAUGUCCCAAUUGUUGAUUCAGAAGAUGAACAAAAUAUAAUGCUUCUAGAAUCAUAUGGAAGGCAAUGUACUCUACCAUUUUUACGAUUCGCUACACUGUUGAAAAAGUAUAUAAAUGAAGAUGAUGAAGAUAAUCUUGAUGAAAUUCAAGAUUCGUCAACAUUAUCAUCGUCGCAACAACAGAGUAAUUCAAAUGUAGAACAUGACAGACAAAAUGAGUUACUAAAGAAUACUCCAUCAUGUGCUAAUGAACGUGCGUAUAUAAAUAAUUCUCGUUGCCAUCAAUGGUCACGUGACGAUUAUGAAUAUUUUACACUUGCUUGUUAUUUAAAACUAUUAAAUUACGACGAGGAAACCUAUGAAGACUGUGCUAAUUGUAAAGAGAUUGAUAAUUCUAAUUCUUGUAAAAAUAACAAAGAUUACAGCCCUAACCAUGAAGAUAUCAAACCAUGUAUAACAUUUCAGCCACCGUCCGCUAUGGAAGCAGUUAUUUGGCCAAAAUGGUCGUAUUCUACUUCUGAUACCAGUGAUAAUAUUUCGACUACUAUUUCUCGGGCUUGGUUGACAUCAUUUCGUCAAGCGUUAACACCCAGUAUUCCUAGAGCCACUAUCAUAUGUGAAAAUACAAAUGUUUCACCUGCAUCUUUAGAAAUGGACCCAAAUUCAAGCGCCAAUAUUAUGAUGGCUGCUCGUUUAUUACUUGCUGUAGAUUGCUGUGAUGGUGGUCUCUCUAAAUAUUACCAUAAUACUAGUGAAAUUAACGAUAGUAAUUCAGACCGUGGCCUCCGUUUGUUACCAACAGUAAAGUGGACGGGCCCUAGACUACUAAAGUUGCCACAUUGUUAUGAUGAUGUGUUCCAGUAUUAUCAUGGUCGACCGUGUCAUCGGUGCCAUGGCGUACCACGUGAGAGUAGUCUGUGUCUAAUAUGUGGUACUGUGGUAUGCCUGAAAGAAAACUGUUGCAAAACUAAUGGCAUUUUUGAAGCUGUGCAACACUCGUUGGAAUGUGGUGGUGGUACAGGCAUGUUCUUGGUUGUAACUUCCAGUUCAGUGGUAGUGAUUCGUGGCAAACGAGCAUGUCUUUGGGGAUCCGUGUAUUUGGAUACCUUUGGUGAAGAAGACCGUGAACUAAAACGUGGAAAACCAUUAUACUUAAGUGUAGAACGGUACAAGUUGCUGGAACGCCAAUGGUUGGCUCACAGAUUUGACCACACAAACAAAAAAUGGGUGUGGCAUAGGGAUGCAUUAUAACUACCGUAAAAACCACAAUAAUUGUGGUUGUGUUAUUAAAUGAUGUACAUAAUUUGACUUAGAUUAGAAGUUUUGAUAAUAAUCUAUAUACAGCAGUUAAUGAUCAUUGUUGUCUUUUAUUAUUAUAAUAUAAUCCUAAAACUUUGUAUAACCUUAAUUACAUAAUGUGUUGUAAACAUUCUUUUUAGUUAUCAUUAUUAUUCUAUCUUAUAGUUCU